GCCUAUAUAAAUAUACACACAACUCUGCUUCUUCACUUGCAAUUCAUCUGUAUCUAUUCAUCUAUCAUCAAUUCAACACUCUCUUAAGCACUAUGCCAAACCCUAAGGUGUUCUUCGACAUGACCGUCGGCGGAGCGCCGGCCGGGAGAAUUGUGAUGGAGCUCUACGCCGACACCACUCCCCGCACCGCCGAGAACUUCCGAGCACUCUGCACCGGCGAGAAAGGCGUCGGAAAAAGCCGCAAGCCUCUCCACUACAAAGGCUCCUCCUUCCACCGCGUCAUCCCCAAAUUCAUGUGCCAGGGAGGCGACUUCACCGCCGGGAACGGCACCGGCGGCGAAUCCAUCUACGGCGAGAAAUUCGCCGACGAGAACUUCGUCAGGAAGCACACAGGGCCUGGAAUCCUCUCCAUGGCCAACGCUGGGCCCGGAACCAACGGAUCGCAGUUUUUUAUUUGCACCGAGAAGACCGAGUGGCUCGAUGGAAAGCACGUAGUGUUUGGACAGGUUGUUGAGGGAAUGGAUGUGGUUAGGGCUAUUGAGAAGGUUGGAUCUUCGGGAGGGAGGUGCUCUAAGCCUGUUGUGAUUGCUGAUUGUGGGCAGCUCUCUUAAAUCUCGCAACUAAAAUUACUGCUGCUAUGUUUUAUUUUAAAUAAAAUCUGAGGGGAGUAUCGGCGAUUUGUAUGAUUACAUUUGGAUGUUUUCAGUUUAUUGUUGUAUCUCUGGAAGAAUGUUUAUCGAUUUGCUGAAUUAUCGUUAUUGAUCGAUUAUAAAAUCUGUGGCGUUAAUCUAA